AUGAACCUUGAACAAUUGUCUAAAAAUAAUAACUGUAAUGAUAAAGUUGGAACUAGCUAUGACAUUAAUAUUAGUAAUGGCUAUGACAACGAUUCCUUUAAUCUUCUUAAUAGUAGUUGCAACAUGAUUUUACCUGAACAAGCAACAUUGGAUAGUAAUAAUAUAAUUACAAUAGAUAACGAUUCCCUUAAACUUUUUAAUAAUCACCGUAACAUAAUUUUACCUGAACAAGCACCUUUAGCUAUUGAUAUUAUGGUUAUAAUAGAUGAUGAUUCCAUUGACCUUUUUAAUAGUAGCCAUAAUAUAAUUUUAUCUGAACAAGUAUCUUCAACUAGUAAUAAUGCAGUUAUAGUAGAUGAUAAUUCCUUCAACCUUUUUAAUGGUAGCCAUAACAUAAUUUUAUCUGAACAAGCAUCUUCAACUAAUAAUAAUCAUGUUAUAGUCCUUGAACACAAUCACCUUUUGGAUUUUGCUGCUGUUAUAUUUGAUUUUGGCCACUAUAGGUUAAGCAGCAAUGAAAGUAUACAUAUACAAAUGCUCUAUAAUAGUAGUGUACUAGUGUCGACAAUUGUAAAUAUGUUAACUAUACAGUAUAGUAGAUACAUUCAUAAUAAGGAUAUUUAUAAUUCUUUAAGUCAUCAUUCCUAUGAUUAUGUGAAAGGUUUGUCUCAAACCACAGAACUAUUAAAUAACCUAAACAAUAAUAAUGAAUAUCAGGUUACUUAUUCAGUCAAUAAUGACAAACUACAUUAUUUAUUUUUCACUACCCGUUCAGCACUUUCUAUGUUUAAGCAUUAUCCAGAGAUUCUAUCAAUUGAUUCCACAUAUAAAAUGAAUCAAUUUGGAAUGCCACUUUUGCUUGUCACUGGUGUUGAUAUGAUAGGCAUUACAUUUUUUAUAGACAAGACUUUUUACGAUAUACAAACAGUUAUAACUGAUGCAGAUUGUGCACUUAUUUCUAAUUUAAUUGGCAAGUUUAAAAACAAAUUUACAGCAUUUAGCAAAGAUUUUAAGGUAGUGAUGUUUGAAACUACGGAGAAGCAAUUUAAUGUUCGAUGGGAUUGUUUAUUAUCUGAAUAUCCUGAGGAAGUUUCAGUGGUUAUAUCAGAUUUUGUAUAUGUAUUAUUAUUAGAGCAAUACAACGUGGUUAAUACUUAUGAUAUUAAAAAACAAGAUAAUAGUUUUGUCCAGGUCUAUCGUGCUUGUUGGGUUAUUGCAUCAGCAGGAUUUACAACAUCUAAAGAACAAAAUAAUUUUAUUAACAAUUUUAACAAUUUUAAUAAAUCUACUACUGAAUUAGCUAACGAAUCUACUACUGAAUCUACUAUUGAAUCUAUUACCGAUUUUAUUACUGAAUCUACUCUUGAAUCUACUACUGAAUCUACCACUAAAUUUAAUGAUAUAAUUUACAAUAUAUCUUCUAAUCAACAAAGAUCUAAAAGUACUACAGAUUUACUUAAGGAUAUUAAAAAUAUCUCUAAUCGAGUGGGUCACGUUGAAAUAAAUAAUACUCUCACUCUUUUUGUAGAACAGUUAAAUCAAAAAUAUCUAUUAUCACAAGAAGAUAUUAGUGAUCCUAUUAUCGCAAAGACAAAAGAAAGGCCAAGUAGUACUAAACGCAUGAAGACAGACACUGAGCAAGUUACUAAAAAACUAUACGUUUGUAGUAUUUGUAGUGGUGUUGGACACAACUCUCAAAGCUGCCCAAGAAAGGUUCAACUUGAACUAAAUGCAAAUAUGAUUGAUAGUGCAGUUGAUUAG